GUAACACCGUUAGAACAUGUUUGGUCUGUUUUAGCUGAACGACGAGGAUGAGGGAAGGGGAAACCGCACCCAUAGGAGCAGAAAAGUAGAUCAAAGAGCUCUUUUACACACCAACAACACGCUGACUGAUAAUAUCUGCACCAUCCAUCCCUGCAGUCAUGGUUACUCAAGGAAAAUUUCAGAUCAAUGCUGGCGACAGUGCCGAAGAUCAAAACCCAGUCAGCCUGGGAUGUUGCGGUUGGCUGUUGGUCAUCCUUUCACUUCUCUUUAUUAUACCAACCUUCCCCCUCUCAAUAUUCCUGUGUGUUAAGAUAGUGAGGGAGUACGAGCGAGCCGUCAUCUUCAGACUUGGCCGGUUAUCAGACAGAAAGCCCAAAGGCCCAGGACUCUUCUUCAUUCUGCCCUGCACCGAUACCUUUGUGAGGAUUGACCUGAGAACCGUUACCUUUGACAUCCCUCCGCAAGAGAUUCUGACCAAGGACUCGGUGACAGUGUCUGUUGAUGGUGUGGUGUACUUCCGCAUACAAUGCCCCAUGUCAUCUGUGGCCAAUGUGGCUGACGCACACUUGUCCACACGUUUGCUGGCUCAAACCACCCUGAGGAACGUGCUUGGCACCAAAAACCUGUCAGAGCUGCUGUCUGACAGAGAGGGGAUAUCACUAAGCAUGCAGGAAUCUCUGGAUGAUGCCACCGACACAUGGGGCAUUAAAGUGGAGCGUGUGGAGAUUAAGGAUGUGAAAUUACCCCAACAGCUGCAGAGAGCCAUGGCAGCUGAGGCCGAGGCCACCAGGGAGGCGAGAGCCAAGAUCAUCGCUGCAGAAGGAGAGAUGAAUGCGUCCCGGGCUCUGAAAGAAGCAUCUCUGGUCAUUGCUGAGUCGCCCUCUGCUCUGCAGCUGAGAUACCUUCAGACACUCAACACCAUCUCAGCAGAGAAGAACUCCACCAUCAUCUUCCCUGUGCCCAUAGACAUGAUGCAGACCUUCAUGCAGAAUAAGUGACGCAGUUAAGGGUAAUUUUAAAUCACAUUUACACUACUCUUGUUUGUAUGCAAUGUUAACUGUAAGCUUCAGUGUGUUUUCUAUCCUUUCUAUAUUUGCUGUAACUUUGUGUUAUUUCGAUAUAAAAGAAAUGCAAAAUGUAAAACAAAAACACAUAUAUUAAAAACGUGUAAUCGAAA